AUCCCUCGCUGGCAACAACCUGGAGGGAUACGUGCCUAAGAGCUUUUCCUCUCUCCUCAAAUUGCAACACCUGGCUUUAAAUUACAGCCAUCUUCAAGGCACCAUCCCCGCCACCCUCUCUGCCUUAGCAGCCCUCACUGCGAUAGACCUCUCAUUCAACUAUCUGUCUGGUUCCAUCCCUCCUGCAUUCACCACCAACAUUCAAAGCAUAGCACUUGGCUACAACGCCUUUAGUGGCCCCAUCCCGCCUCACCUUGCACUGCCCCAACUCUCUGCCCUGCAGCUGUCCAGCAAUGAGUUCACGGGUGGCAUUCCCACCACCUUCACCCGCCUCACUGCCAUGAAUGUGCUGGACGCAUUCAACAACAGUCUGAGUGCGGGACUGGACGUGGUGGCUCAGAUGACAUGGCUCACUGACAUAAGCCUCCACACAAACAACUUCUCCGGGGUGCUUCCAGCAGCCCUCUCUGCCAUCAAUGGGCUGAAAUUCAUAAGCAUCGCCAACAACCACUUCACGGGAGAAUUUCCCCAGCCUCUUCUGCACAUCCACCACCUUUCAGAUCUGGAUGUGAGCAACAACAGCUUCUCUGGAUCCAUCCCCUUGCAAUUGACCGAGCUACUGGAGCUGGUAACCAUCAAUCUCAAUGACAACAACUUCCAUGGAUCAAUCCCCUCUGGCCUCUUCCACCUCCCCAUACUUAACACUCUACAAGUGGCAAACAACUCUCUUUCCGGGAACCUUCCAGUGUCGCUUAGAGCCUCCUCCACACUUGCCACGCUACGCCAAAGGGAGAGACACGAGCAUUGA